AUUAUUAUUGUUUCUCCCUUACAUUACAUACAAUAUAAUAUUAAAUGAGGCCUUAUAUACAAAGAAUUGCAAUAGCUUCAUUAAUGCUAAGGUCUUCAAGGACUUUAUGGACAAGUUCAAAUUAUACAAGACCAGCAUUAGUUUAUAACUUACCGUCAUAUAUUCAGCAGCAAAUAUUAUAUUUGAGUGAUGCUAAUAACAGUAAUUUAAUACGUAAUUUCAGUUCAACCAGUUCUAGUCCACAUAUUCAAAUAGCACCCGUAUCCAUUAUAGAAGAUGAAAAUGAAAAUAAUACAAAAAAACCAGGCACAAAUACAGCUUCAGAAAAAUUUCAAUUUAUUGCGUAUGCUGCUUGGCAUCCAAAAAGUAGACAAAACAAUAAAACAACAUCGUCUUCUUCCAAAAGAGUUCCUUACUGGAAAGAAAAUUUCAAAGCCGGUAAAGUGGACGCGGGGGAGGAUGCAUUCUUUCAGACGAAUACACCUGAAGGACUAGCGAUUGGUGUUGCUGAUGGAGUAGGAGGAUGGAGCUUAGUUGGCGUUGAUCCUGCUCUAUUUUCAUGGACUUUGAUGAAUAAUGCUGCGAUGAUUGCUAAAAAUGAAAAAUCUAUCCCCGCUCAACAAAUCUUAGAUACCGCCUUUUAUGAAUUACGAAAAAGUGGUAAAGUAGCAGCAGGAAGUAGUACUGCUUGUAUAUUAAAUUUAUCAAAAAUAACGGGAGAAAUGACCACUUGUAACUUGGGUGAUUCUGCUUUUCUACUUGUUAGAGACAAGCAAAUUGUUUAUGAAAGUCCAAGUCAACAACAUUAUUUCAAUUGCCCAUACCAGCUGACCGUUGUACCCGAUAGUUACCCAAAUCGUGAUGAAUUAGUCACUGAUUUACCAAAAGAUGCUGAUACAAAAAGUUUCUUUUUAAAAGAUGGAGACUUAAUUUUAUUAGCUACAGAUGGAUAUUUUGAUAAUAUGUAUCCUGAAGAAACUUUAGAAAUCAUUAAUGAAAAUAUGAAAAAUAUCAUUUUAAAUAAUUCCAAUGAUCAUGAAUUAAUUACUGCUACAAUAAGAGGAUUAGCUAAAACAUUGACUGAUAGAGCACGUCGAUUAAGUUUAAAUCCAAAACGACUCAGUCCGUGGGCAAAAGCUGCUCAAGCGCAUGGAAGUAAUUAUCGAGGAGGAAAAGUGGAUGAUAUCACAUGCAUUGUUACUCUAGUUUGUCGUAAAAAGUAGACAAUUCAUGAUGAUCAUUCAAAAAAAUAAUACAUAAAUGUGAAUUUAUUUAUUUGUAAAGAAGAAGUAAUUUAUUUGACUUGUUAUUUUUAUUAUUCUACAGUGAACGACUUAUAAUAAAAUAUCAUUAUUAUGUAUACAUGUAUAUAUUUGUACAUGUAUAUGUACAUGUAUAUACUCUGUAACAUA